CGACGUCAGAGAAACAGAGCUGGUACCGACUAAUGACCCUCACCGUCCAGGGCUGCGUUUCAAAACUCUGUGUCUCACCUCUGAACGACGUCCUACCUGCAAGCAUUCACUCUCAGCCUUUUUGAAGCUGAAGUUGAAGUCACUGAAAGACACAUUUCUAGUAAUGCAAACGGUAUUGGAAAUGUUCAGUGCACCGUGUAGUUAUCGAUAAUGUUACCUAGCUCGCAUCAACGCAGCUAAUGUGUGGCUAACCUGCAUGCAACAAUGUCUCCUCGCUAAAGAAAAACAACUGCUGGUGCUUGUGUUGCGUUCAGGUGUCAGGUGUGGUGGUGAGCCCAUGGAGAAACCAUCGUCUUCAGACAAAGCAGCGCUGGAGGAGAGGAAAGGCCUUGUGGAGGAUGGUGAAGUGCUGCGAGGGGCUGAGGGUGGUGAAGCAGAUCCUCAGGCACAGACCCAGAGGAAGAGCAGCUCCUCCCGUUCCUCCCGCAAAAGCUUCCGCCUGGACUACCGAUUAGAAGAGGACGUGACCAAGUCUUCUCGAGACAAACACGGCCGCUGGACCAAUCCCUGGUCCACAUGGCGGUUCCCUUCCUACACCACCCUGCUCAGGUUCCUGUUGUGGGACAAAAAUCACAGCAAUGUACCAGCUAGUAAAGAGGUGCUAGAGAGUGAGCUCCCAGUGAUGGAACCGUAUUUUGUUAAUAACCUGGACCUCUCUGACUCCAGUCCAGGUCUGAGAGUCACCUGGCUGGGUCACGCCACAGUUCUGGUUGAAAUGGACGGGCUGAACAUUCUGACAGACCCAAUAUUCAGCCAGAGGGCCUCACCGGUCCAGUUCAUGGGGCCCAAAAGGUACAGAGGGCCCCCCUGCACUGUGGAACAGUUGCCCAGGAUCGAUGCUGUCGUCAUUAGUCACUCUCAUUAUGAUCACCUGGAUGCUGGAUCUGUGGCCAGCCUUAACGAACGCUUUGGAGGGGAGCUACGCUGGUUCGUGCCCCUGGGUUUAAUGGACUGGCUGGUGAAGAUGGGCUGUGAGAACGUGAUGGAGCUGGACUGGUGGGAGGAGAACUGUGUGCCGGGUCAUGAUGAUGUCACAUUUGUGUGCACACCGUCUCAGCACUGGAGUAAACGAACCGCAGUGGACGAUAACAGAACUUUAUGGGGCAGCUGGUCUGUUUUAGGUCCGGAUCAUCGCUUCUUCUUCGCUGGCGAUACCGGUUACUGCCCAACUUUCCAGGAGAUUGGGCGACGCUUUGGACCGUUUGACCUCGCAGCAAUUCCUAUUGGAGCUUACCUGCCCAGGGACGUGAUGAAGGGGCAGCAUGUAGACCCAGAGGAGGCUGUUCAGAUUCACGAAGACCUUCAGGCCAAACAGUCUGUGGCUAUUCAUUGGGGAACCUUUGCCCUCGCCUAUGAGUACUACCUGGAGCCACCGGUUCGUCUCAGAGAGGCCCUGGAACAGAAAGGUCUCAAACCAGAAUCCUUCUUCACCUUGCAUCACGGGGAGUCUCGCCUCGUAGCCUCACAGAGCGGAGACGUGUUUGAUUGAUCCUGUCUGUGGCUGAUUUUUAGAUUUGUGUCUAUAACAAAAAGUGCAGAACAUUUUGUUUGAAAUGCAUACACAUAUUCAGCUUUCAAUGGAGAAAAAAAAGAAAAGAAAUUGUUCUACCAUACUGUUUACACUGCCAUAAUCACAGCAGGCAGCACCACCUACAGCAGCUGUGAAGUCACUAAAAAACAUCUUUACAUAAUGGAGUACAUGUUUUUUAAUUAUUUAGGGCAAAGGUCAGCACUUAAUACUGUGAGGCCAGUGUUUGCACAGUGUCAAAUAAGAUUUAGAUCAUUCCAAUAGUUUCUUUUAAAUCAGUAUCAAAACAGAGAAAUUAAGCACAGGUAACAAAACUUCACCUGUUUUUAUGAUCCCAAAGAAGAAUGUUAACAGCUGUCAAUAAUUACACUUAGAACAUUUUCUGCAGUUAUUUUGUGUUUUCCAUAAAGUGAUGAUUUGCAUUUUGCUGCACAUUCAUUUCAGAAGAGGUUUUUGUGGUUUACAUGCUGCUUCAGAAACCUUUCAGCCUUGAGGAGAAGAGAUUUCUGGACCGGAGGAGAAGGUUUAAAAACAACUGCUGAAAAGAAAAUCUGUUUGCACUUACAUGGAACAUGAAGUGCUUGCUGUUACUAUAGUAACCGGCUCUCUUUUGGUGAAGAUUGUUACGUUGUUAACACUGCUGAAACAUAAACCGUCACUAUCAUGCUGGACUGGAGACUGCAGUCAUGCACAAAGUCGGACUUCUUAUGAGCUGUAAUAGAGAGAGAGAUUGAAAUAUUAGAAAGUUAUUUAGAGUAGUGAUUAUCUGAGAUAAUGCAAAAAGGUAUCCUAUUUUACUCUGAAUGUAUUCGGCCAACGACAUGCAACGCUGAAGUGUAACAUCUAUCUCCAUCUAACUCCCAACCGCUGUAUUUUAACAGAAGUUGCAGCUGCAUGCAGACGUUGAGCUGGGUUCAACUUCAUGCACUGCAAAUAUAGUGGAUUGUUCCUGCUUCAGACAUUUUUGUUUCCAAUGCUCGGAAACCACAGCACAGAAGGUGUUUUCCCUUAUCUUUGAACUUUCUUUAGAGAGCAACAGUAGAAUCAUUUUAGUACUUGAUUUUUCAAGUGAUUUCUU